GGAGAUAAAAGUAAUAUUUCGAGUUAAAAAUUGAGUGACGCAUUUAAAUGUAAAAAAAAUCGAUAUUGCCAGGAUAUAUAAACUGAACAGAAUGUCAAUGUUAUGGUCAGGCAGAGAGGAAGCAGGACGAUACAAGAUGACGAGAUACAUCUUCGGACGGGCGCUGGGUCUCACUGUGUUUGUCACACUCUGCUGUACCGUCACCGCAAACGACUUCCAAACUAUUUGCGGUGACUGCGUCUACAAAGGAGGGGCCGGCUACGUGAACGACCCCUCGAGCUGCUACGGAUUCUUCGAAUGUGACGAGGCAACCGGACAGUAUACCCUUCUCCGUUGUCCCUCGGGGAUGUCCUGGGAUGACAGCGUGUGGUCCUGUGUAGGGGACCCAUCGUGUGUUUACCCCACAUCUCCCACUACAACACCAGAUCCAUGUACUUUCAUAAGUGCAGACCCAGCAAACCCUGCCGGUUUCUUGAUAACAUCAAACGGCAUCGUCUCCAAAAUGAACUGCGCUCCCGGAAGUCUAUACGACUCCACUGUCUGCAAAUGUGCCAUACGAACAACCGUCGUCCCACCACAACCAUGCACGGAUGACCUGUUCAUUCCGUGUGCUGUGGACACCAAGGAUCACUCCGGCAACAUGGUCUGGGUGGCCAAUACCGGCGUCACCCUGGCAACUGUCAUGGGUAGGACUUACAGCGCUUGCCGCUUUGCUGGAGGUGCUUACCUCAGUGUCCCCUUCUUUAAGAACAACGAUUUAGGGGACAACUGGACGAUCAAGUUCAACUAUCAAUCCACCAGUGUUGGUGGAACUCGCGUCCUCGUCAGUAACAGCAUGUGCAGCGGCGUGUCGCCGAGUGUGGAGGUGACACAUGUGGGAAAAAAAGUUUGCGUCAACCUCCAAACCACCGGCGGCCCCGUCACACUCUGCGCUCCCAAUACAGGCACCCCGGCACCAAACCUUCCUUAUAUUCCGGUAACGGUGAAGGUGAACAACGGACAACUGAUACUCGUCAACGGUCUAAAUGUCGUCACCAAGCUAGUCCCUGGUGAUGUUCUGCGGGUCAAGUGUCCACUGACCAUCGGCAAGGGAGAGGGCAGAUUAGAUUAUCAAGGAUUGCUUUGGAAUUUUCAGGUGUAUAAAUGCAACCCUGUCAGUUUCAACAACCCACAAGAACUGACUCCAGCUACCCCCCUGCCGUAACAGCUGACUCCGUCUGACCCAGUCUCUCUGACCUCUCACCUUUACAAGGCCGUGUACCAGAAUGUAGUAAGACAUGAACACUUGUCUUUCGAUUCUUGUGAGCGAGAAGAGUGUCAGCGUGUAAUCUAAUAACACAAUAAACGUCUUUGAGCAUUGA